AUGGACCUUACCUCAACCAGAUACGAUGGCUGGAAAGAGCUUGGACAUUCCAAAAACAUCUCUAGGCGGGCAAACAAGUUCUUUUUCUUCUUCAGCAAGUCAAGCAGUACUAGUACCGCUGAAACACACCUUAACUUUAACGGGAGUGAGUGGAAACAGCAGACAAAGAUCACGUCGUAUAUGGUUGGGCCUGCACAGGUGUUCAACAUCACACCUGGCUUAUGGGAUGACAGUGGUGUCCGGAGGACAUUUCCUAACCUACUUAAGGGUGAAAAUGACACUUCACUUGGUCUAGUCCGCGUCUCCAAGAUUCUCGUCGGUUACGAAGUGUCGCUGAAGAUUCGUUUCGCUGAAUCUCUUAAGACUCAGGUAAGAAACAUGGUGAGCCAGGCCUAA